AAGGUUCAGUGUGACAAGCGUCAGCGUAGCGUCACCAAGCGUCAGCCAAGUGGGAGCCAUAGAGCUAACGGGCGCCUCAUGGCCACGGCAUGCUGCCCAACUUCACUCAGAACCCUGGCCACAUUGCCCCCACUACAAGCAACACCUCCAACCUCUCCCCCACACCUACAGAGAGAGGAAACAGCCACCUCAUGGCCACAGAAUGCUGCCCAACUACACUCAGAACCCUGGCCACAUUGCCCCCACUACAAGCAACACCUCCAACCUCUCCCCCACACCUACAGAGAGAGGAAACAGCCACCUCAUGGCCACAGAAUGCUGCCCAACUACACUCAGGUAUCACAAACACCUCCAACAAGGCCACGGAACUCUGACCAACUCUCCUCGGACUUCUACCACCAAACCCUGGCCAAAUUGACCCCACCACAGGCAACACCUCCAAGAAGGCCACAGAACUCUGCCAAAUUCCCCCACCAUGAGGGACACCACCAACUCAGCAAACAAACGAUCCAAUCAGCCACCAAUCACACCCAGGAAGCAUCCGCCUCCACCGCACUCCUGCAAAACAACGAGCCCCAUCGUCAAUGGCCACCGACACCUGAGGCAACUUCCCACAUCCUGCAGGACUCUCCAGCAGCAACUCUUGCCCACAUGUGCAGAGGCCACACACAACAACUGCACCUCAAGCCACACGGACACCUGCCACCAAACUCUGGCCGUGCUACUACCUGUGUCCAUGUGCUACUACUGUGACACUAGUAGCAUACUAGUAGCACAGAACACAUGUGCUCCAUGCUACCAUUUUGUCUUACCUAACCCUGUGCCCACUGUCUCCUCAUGUACUGCCUUUCACCCAUUCAAUAAAGUAUACUUUACCAAACUACCUGUGUGUCUGUCUUGCUUCUGCCUGCCCACACUCACAACACCACACAACACACUACUACCCACAUAAUGCCAACCCACACUCUAUAACAUUCCUCCACAACAACCCCUACAUCAACAUACAGCCUACCGCUACAACCUCUAACCACUUCCCCUUCCUGUCACCCACAAUGCAACUUCUUUGCUGGCAACUCCUCUGCCACUUCCCCACAGCUACACCAGCAGGCCAACCAACACAACAACAACUGACCCAAACCACUCAGACCACAUUCCCACACAAAACACCACACCAACUACAACACCACCACUCCUUCUUGCUAGCUGCUGUGUGCACAUGUACUACCAUGACACAAACACCACUCCAUCCAUGUGCUUCAUGCUACCAUUCUGUCCUCUUCCCCUCAACACAAUGCUUACAUACCCACACCAACUGCAAAAACACACUCACAAACAUGUCCUUCAACAACUCCAACUACCCACUGCCACCUAGCAGACAACUACUUCAUUGUUCUGCCUGUCACACAUUUACAAACACACAUAUUUCAAUACAUCCAUACCAUUUUCUCACACUACUUCAGUGACCCGCACCAAACACCACAUAAUCUGUCACAGCACACUAUCACUACUCCAAUCCAAUCACUUCCACGCACUCCCCUCCCAUCACAGUGUGGACACAGUGUCCUGCUACACUGAUCUCUGCCACUCACCCUAAACUACAGUCUACCCUACUAUGCCAUCUGUCACACUCCACCAACACCACAAUCCAACUCCCAACAACCAACUCCAACAAAUGCCUACCACACCACCCCCCUACACUUCUCCACAUUUACACUUCACUCAUGCAUUGCUCAUCUCACAAAAGCUCACUCGCACUAACAUCUCCUUCCCC